AUGAAGAUGUUGCUGGUCCCCCUGCUGUCUGCCGACAGUCUCCCUACAUGUACAGUAUGCUGCACCUACUCCCAAAGACGAUUCUGCCCGUCUGUACAGGGCUUCAGAAUCAUCCACGACAGGCACCUCGGCUCGUUCGGGGUCAGGCCGGGUUUGCCCGUACAACCUGGGGAAAACCCUCCGAGGAAACCCCGUCGCUUCGGCUCCCGCUGCAACCAAUUCAGCGGUCUCCCGUUCGAAGUGCUGCAGCAUGUGGCGACCUUCCUGGACAGCUUCAGCUUGUGCCAACUGUCCAGGGUGUCCCACGCCAUGAGGGAUGUGUGCGCCAGUCUGCUCCAGAUGCGCGGCAUGGUCGUCCUCCUCUGGGAGAAGACGCGGCGUGCCGACGGGUCUUCCUCGUGGCAGAUCACUGACAAGGUGUGGCGAUUCAGCACGGCUUUCGGUACGGUGAACGAGUGGAAGUUCGCCAACAUCGCCAGCAUGGCCGACCACCUCAAGAAGUGCCAGUUCAACACGAUCACUCGUCGGGAGGAGGCGAUCCCGCUGCCCUGCAUGUGCUUCACCAGAGAGCUCACGAAAGAGGGGAGGUGUUUACGCUCCGUUCUCAAGCCAGUGGCAUAA